AUGGCCUCCCUCCCCUCCCAACAUCCCUCGCUGGCCCUCCACCUGACCGACCGCGCCCUCAACCCGAUCCUCACCUCCGCCCACUCCCAGACCCAGCUCGAGGCCCUGACCUCCCUGACGACGACCUCCCUCACGGCCCACGCCGCCGCCAACCGCUUCUCCCUCGGCCCCGCCCAGCGCAUCAUCGUCGAACACGGCCCCGGCAGCCCCGUCGUCCUCGCCUCCUUCCUCAACGGCGCCGACGCCCUCCCCAACGGCCGCGAGACCUCCGCCUCGGCCGCCGCCGCCGCCGCCAACAGCAACAACACCCCCUCCGCCUCGAGGCCCGCCACCUCCGGCGCCGCGUCCGCGACACCGACGACGGCGCAAUCUGCUGCCGUAUCGACGGCGGCCGGGGGUGCUGAGGGCAAGACCGGGGCAGACGCGGAAAACGCUGCGCCCAUGCUCGUUGGCGUCGUCGUCGCGGGGACCGGCGAGGAGGCUAUGGAGGCGCGACGCGCUGCAGGAAGGCUGGAGAGGGUGGGCAGGGAGUUCCAGCGGGAAUGGGCUGCUGAAGAAAUGGCUGGCGCCGCAGACGGCGGUGGUCUGGCUGCUGUGUCACGCAAGCAGGUGCUUUCACCUGCCAUGAUGGGUAGCAAGUGGUCAGGCGCCGCUGAGGACAGCGUGGUCGACGACAUGGCGUAA